UCACCGAGGAUAGAAGUGUAUGGAUUACGGAAUAUGUUACGGUGCGGAUGAUAGUCGCAAUUCGCUACUAUAAAUGACGUAAUGUUUUUGUGCUAAAAGAACCGCAAGUGGAAUCUCACCUGAGAAUAUUUUGCAGUACGUGCGAAGAAAAUUUUCGAAGUGCAGUGGAAAUUAUUUGUGCAAAUCGAAAGAGCCUUGUGUCUAGUGAGUGGGGUUUGUGCAAAGCACGAAGGGGAGCUCUAGCUAGCUGCCUACUAGUGUGUCUGCCGUAGUGUGUUAAAGCCCCAGUCGGGAGAGGAAUGAAGAAAUUCGAAAAAGAAAAUGGUUGAUAAUUUUCAGUGCGCUGGCUACACUUUUUACUCCAAGUUCGAUUCGGGAAAUUUGGGCAAAGUUGAGCUGGUCCGAUGCUGUGAAGGAUUAAACAUAGUCGGUAGCAAUGUUAGUAGCAGCAGCUUGCCGUCCGCAUCCAAUGCCAACGUUCCCACCGGUUUGCUUUCGUCGACCAGCAGCCCGCAAGCGCCGCCGCAGAAGAUUGCAUCGGGUGGCCCGCUAGUAAUUAUUGGAGCAAAUUCACCGCCCGCACAGACAGAAACAGCAGCACUCAGUCCCCUUUCACCUUUGUCCCAGCAACUACCGCUCGGACCAUCAGCUGUUGGAGCUGCCACGGGUUCGGCAGUGCCGAGCAGCAGUUCGAUAACCACUGUUGCGCCUCUGGAGCUGCACCACCAGCUGCUCUACCAAUCCCAUCAUCAUGCCAGCUUCGUCGAGGUGGAGUUCAAUCUUUGGACGCGACCCGAUUGUGCCGGAACGCCGUACGAAAACCAGAACAGGACAUGGUUCUAUUUUGCCGUGACGGGUGGUCGUCCUCAUCAGAUUGUCAAGUUUAAUGUGAUGAAUUUAAACAAGCAGGCCAAACUGUUCAGUCAAGGCAUGCAUCCUGUGAUGAAAGUGGGCCCCGGUGGCCGGUGGGAGCGCAUCAAGGAUAAGCCUUCCUAUGCGGUAACCAACGACGUAUUUUUCAUAUCCUUUCUCCACCGAGCACCGGAAUCUUUCGAAACCAAAACGUACUAUGCAUUCACCUUUCCGUUCAGCUAUAAUGAUCUGCUUGAGCAGUUGGGCAAUUUCGAUAAGCGAUUUGGUCGACAUCCGUUUGAGCUGCACCAGAUAGCGCAUGAAGUUGCUCAACAAUUUGAACCCACCUCCGUUUCCGGUGCAGUGGAAUCAGUACCAUCCAGUGGGAUGACCGGGAUAGCUAAAAAGGGUAAACCAGCCAAAGAAUGCAAGAUGGAACGGUGCAGUCCUGAAUCGCUAGACGAUACAGCACGCGACGGGACGGGAAAUGAUGAAGGAGAGCUGACUAAAAUAACCAAUCCCACUGGAACUACUGGAUCGAACCAUGGGGAAGAUCCCGAUCUCGUUUCUCCAAUGUCAAUUGAUGACAGCACCUCCGAGUCAAUGCAACAGAUAACCAAUCUCGUGAAGGGCGUUAAAAUCGAAUUACAGCCACAACCGUCUAAACCAUCGAUAGCUGAAGCAAGCAAAAUAAAGUUACCAUUUUUCCAACAAAUAUUGCACGCGCCUGCGCUGGACGAUGACGGAAAAGGAUCGAAUAUCGAUUUGAGGGAUGAUAUUUAUUACUACAGGGAACUGCUAACGCAUUCCGUUGAACGGAGGCGGAUUGAACUGUUGACUAUUAGUUCCUUCCACGGUAUUCAGACAACACGCGAAGAACGAUUACGAAAUUUGUUUCCUGAGGAUAAAACACCUAGGUGCCAUACGUUUAAGAAUAAGAAAAUAAUUUUCAUAUCCUCCAGGGUGCACCCAGGUGAAACGCCUGCCAGCUUUGUUCUAAACGGGUUUCUUAGCACGCUGCUUGAUAGGAAGAGCAUCGUUUCGAUUACGCUUAGGAGGAUGUAUGUGUUCAAAAUUGUCCCAUUUCUCAACCCGGAUGGAGUUUACAAUGGACUUUACCGAUCAGAUACUCGAGGCCAUAAUCUAAACAGGGUAUACCUUGCUCCAAACUUUGAAACUCAACCAGCAAUUUACGCUGCUAGGAAACUAAUUAGAUAUUACCACCUUGGUGUAGAUGACCCAGAGCCUUACGAAUUGGAGAUUGAGAAGAAAACGGCUGCUCUAAUUAAAACUUCUAAUACAAGCGGCGAUGAAACUGUUACCGUUUCUACUGCGGAAGAGAAACCAAUUUCAACAGUAGAAGUGGUUGCUGCUGAACCGAAAAAAGGUAUAAUAAAUUCUGAAUCUACGGAAGAGAACACACCGUCAACAUCCGAUUCGGGCUUUGGAGAGCAAACGCUAUCGAAAAGUAGUACAAUCUCAAAGUCAUCCUCGACGGUAACCUUAGUCGAAGCAGCAGAUAGUUCAACGGCAACGGCAUCAGUUCCUACAGUUACAACGCCAGAAACGACUGCGAAUACUGACGAUUCCCUAUGCUCCGCUACGAUCAACGCUAGAGCAGUAGAUGGCGUUGCAUCAAGUGAAACCGGCUCCCUAGCCGUGACCGAGGAAGUGCUGCCAGCACCGAAAGUGUUCACCGAGCAGCUAAUCCCCGAGUUGCUCCCAAUUGUUACGGAGAGUGGCUUCGCACUGCGUCCGAUUCGCAGCGCAUCGAAUCUUAGCACUGCCAGCAGCAUGGCCAACAGUACGGCCAACGCGAGCACAAUCACGCACGUCAGCGUCAAGAAAACUCCUGUGGUAACGGCCAAAGUAGACACGGGAAGAAAAAGCACUUCUUUCAAGAAUGCACCAAACAAACCAAAUCUGAUAGCAACCGCUUCAAAUGCAAUAAAAAAGAAGGACUUCGCGUUAUCUCACACGAAACAGCAAUCAUACCCUCUAACACAACAACAACAACAGCAACAACAACAACAACAGUCGUCCCUGAGUAAACUCGCUGGAACGGGUAGCAAGAAAACUUCCACUCUGCAUCAUAAACGGGGCGAGAGCAAAAUGCGUCCCCAAACUCCCCAGAUGUACAGUCAUUUUCGGUCCCAUCGUAACGAAUAUCUUAGUCCUGCUGGUCAGAAAAACAUUAACAUAAGCUUGGAUUUCUUAGCUCAGUUGGACGAAAAAAUCGAUAAAAAUACUUACGAGGAGAAGAGCAAUAUGUUCCUAUACAUUGAUCUACAUGGCCAUGCUUCCAAAAAGGGCGUUUUUAUGUACGGCAACCACCUACCCAGUACGAUUGAGGCUGUAGAGUGCAUGCUACUGCCACGACUGAUGAGUUUAAAUUCUCAACAUUUUCACUACGACGCGUGCAAUUUCAGCGAGCGCAACAUGUAUUAUAAAGGCAAACGAGACGGACUUUCCAAGGAGGGAUCCGGUCGCGUUGCCAUCUACAAAUGCACGGGGUUGAUUAAAAGCUACACGCUAGAAUGCAAUUAUAACACGGGCAAAAGUGUUAAUAUAUUGCCGCUAAAGGGCAAAGAGACGCCCUCUACCAAAGUUCAGUCGCCGGUGCCUCCAAAGUACACACCGGCUGUCUUCGAGGAGGUCGGUCGAGCUCUCGCUCCAUCCAUCUUGGACCUUACCAACUCGAAUCCGCAAUCUCGACUGCCAAAUUCGGAGUUCCGUACGCUGCAGGGCUUGCGGAAUACGCUUCGCAUCGAAAUCGAGAGGGGCUCUUCGAAGGCUCGUGUCACCAAUAAGGUCCCGAAGCCACAUUCCAAGCGUCUUAGCCAGCAAUCGUCUAGCUCGAUGGAGGUUGCCAAAGAGAACGCCAUUCAAUGGGAGAACAUUGCUGGUUCACAGACUGGUUCAGUCACCGGAGGAGGAGGCUGCAGUCCUACCGGAGCUGGCGUUGCGGGAAAUGGCAAUGGAAAACUCGGCGUCGUUGUCGGUGAACCCCUUGGAGGUAACGGAAACUCGUCGGCCUGCUGCUCCUCUGCAGCAUCAAGCGGUGGAAGACAGUUUUUGAAGGGUGGCUCACUUAAGGCACAUUCAGGAAAGAUCUCCCGUAAAGGUGCUGGUGUUGGUGGAAAAGUUUUCGGUAAGAAGGACGCUAUCAAGAAAAGCAAGAUUCUUUGUGAAUCUGCAGUGGGAGGAGCGGUCGUAGCUGGUGGUAAAAAAUUACAGGAAAUGAUUCGCAGCAAAGAUCAGCAUCAAGUGCCUCGUAAAAAAAUCAAAGUUUCGCCACCUCAUCAACAUGGAACGGCCGUCGAUGGGUUUGACAUAUGUUUCAAAACUAAUCUCGCCGCGACAUCUCUGCCAAAUUUUUUAACUAACCCACCUUCACUGAGUGAGCUUCCUCUAUCGAAAAAAGUGAAAUCCGAAUCUAAGCUACUCGACGAGUGUCUGGACUGCGAUGAUAGUUUGGAUGCAAUACCCUGUUGCUCCUAUUCGCUUCCCACAACUACCAGCUCAAAUGCCGUUGUAUUAACGAAACUUAUGACAACCUACAGUCAAGCAGGAUCACCUGGCAUGGUGGUAGGAUCCAAUGAACUAUUACCUCCAUCCCCCGGUGGCGCUGCUACAUCAGGUAGUGUUUCUGCAGGCAUUGGCAUUGGUUUGGUGGCAGCUAGUUCUUCCUCCGGUGGAGAAAAGGAACCAGGAAAAGAAGGACGCUUCAGUAAGUUUAGCAAAGCGACAUCUGCCAAACAGCAGGCCAAACUAGGUAAGUCGUCCAAAUCGAGUGACGGAGGCAAAAUGCUAAAGAAGAAACGUUCACUUAAGACUGACUCGAAUCUUAAGCGAAAGAAAACCCGAAUUAAACCGGCUCUUACCUAAGGACAGGGCUGCCCGCUCACCCGACAAAACGGUGCGAGUUGUGAUUAAACAAGGAAGAACACUUUAGUUUGUUUCAUUUCAUAAUUUAUCGUUUUUAUAUGUAUAAAGUUUUAUACGCUUCGUUGACAAUUGGAUGUAGAGGGUGUAGUUUUGAUGAGAGUUUUAGCUUGAAGUGAUUUUUAAGGAUGGGAUCGAACAGGAUUUUAUAUUAAUUACUGUGCACGAGGAGAGGAUUGAAUUAGAUAUAUUUUGUUAGAUUUACCGUGCAUACAUUUGUGUACUGCCAUUUACAAUUCUUGCUAGUAUUUUUUCUACGGUAGUUCGAUUUGUUAGAAAUAAAAAUAAUAGGUAAAAAGUAUAAAAUUCUCAUCUUCCCAUGAAAUUAAAAGGAUUUUCGUAGCUUAACAUUCAGAACUUCAAUUCAGGUUUGCCAGAACUUGGGACAAACGCCAUAACAAUCAAGCAAGUUUUCGUUCAAUUUGUCUGACAUCAGGCGUCAAUCUCUUCAUUGUACGCUGUAUUAAUGUUUAGUAACGAUGCUAUUUGCUUUGUUUCUUCAGUACAAAAAAAAAAUGAAUCAUCUAGAUUGGUUUGAUGACUACCAGUAAGCUACCAAAAUUUGAAGUUGGCAAAAUUUCUAAUGCCUAAAACAGAAUUGAAAUAACAGACUAGGUGUAAAUUAGAAAAAAAACUAAAGGUGUAUAAAAUAACAUUUAACAAGAAUAAACAAACUUAAGACAAUUGGUUUGUUAAAUAUGACUCAAUAAAUGGAUAACCUAUAAUUGUUAGCACUUUCGAAUGGACUUAGACAUAUACACAGGUACACAGACAGCAAAAUCACAAUUUGAAAAAAAAACAUAACAUUAAUAACAACAAAAGCUUGAUAAAAUAGUUUCUUAUAUAACGACCGUCAUGACGCGAGUGAUUUUAGUGAAAAACCUAAUAAUUAUGCGAGCAAACUAACGCUAUGCAGUCAGUCAAAAAUUUGUGCAAAUGCAAUAAAACAUAUAAUAAAAAAAAAUA